CUCUCUCUCUCUCUCUCUCUCUCUCAUCUGGUGGGGCAACAAGGGUUCAUAACUUUGGCAUUAGGCCUGCCUUCUCUAAUCACCACUCUUGAAUACACUAUACACACAACGGAAAGUAAAACGUUAAAGCAAAAGAAGAAAACAAUUGGAGAGAUAAAGAGAGGAAUUCGAGGAAGAAGGAGGGUUUUUUACUUUUUCUGGUUGAAGAAAAAGAGAGAACAAGAAAUGACUACACAAACACAGGUACAAACACAGAGGCAAUCAAGCGAACAGCUUCAGACACUGAUGCAAGCUGGACAAAUCUCCGGCAGCUUAAGCUUCAAUGGGUUGAUGACCAAAGAAGACGAAGAGAUGUCUAGGUCUGCUCUUUCUACUUUUAAGGCUAAAGAAGAAGAGAUUGAGAAGAAGAAGUUGGAAGUUAGGGAAAGGGUUCAAGCUCAGUUGGGUCGAAUUGAAGAAGAAACCAGGCGUUUAGCCAGUAUUCGUGAGGAACUCGAAGCCCUAACAGAUCCGAUGAAGAAAGAAGUUUCAGUUGUUCGUAAAAGGAUUGAUACUGUCAACAAAGAAUUGAAGCCACUUGGACAAACUUGUCAGAAGAAGGAGAGAGAGUACAAGGAAGCCCUCGACGCUUUUAAUGAAAAGAACAAAGAAAAAGUACAACUCAUCACAAGAUUGAUGGAGCAGUUGGUUAGCGAAAGUGAGAAGAUGAGGAUGAAGAAACUUGAAGAACUGAGCAAAAGCGUUGAAACAAUACAAUAAGUUUAAUGAUGAUGAUGAUGAUGAUGUGAUGAUGAUGAUGGUGAUGGGGAUAAUCUAAUUAGGGUUUGUGUGAGAUUUUAUUAAAAAAAAGAAGACGUUUUAUCUUCUUUCUUUAUUUACUACGUGUUUUAUAUAUUGGUUUGGUUUAAAUUUGUAUGCGUUU